AUCUAUAGUGCUCCAUCUUCAUUCCCAAACAAACAAUCACAUCCAUUGCCGUUUACAACAAGUAAACCAUAAAAACCUAGAAACACAGAGAUGGGUGGCUUUACGCGCGUCAUCUUCUUUAUCUCCAUGUUUGCCGCCACAACUCUGAUAUCAGAAGCCCAGUACCUUCUUCCGAUCAUCAAACACAAACCCUCCAAUCAAUACUACACCGUUUUCGGCAUCGGAUCCGCCUCGAAGUCUCACGUUACCCUCGUCCUCGAUCUCGAAACAAACCUAACGUGGCUCAACUGCCGCAACCUCAAAUCUUUGUCAUCACUCCGCCUAGUCACUUGCCGGAGCUCCACCUGCAAGUCCGUCCCCGGCAACGGCUGCGACGGUAAAUUUUGUCUUUACCGUCAACCAAAUCCUCUCGGCAAACCCGUCAACGGCCGCGUCGUUCAAGACAAAGCCACCUUGUCCACAACAGACGGCGGAACUAGACCACUCUCCGAAGUCUCUCUCCCCCGCUUCACAUUCUCCUGCGCCACCCAAGGCCUUUCCCUUCCUGUCGCAGGUGUUCUUGGUCUUUCUCCGGCGGGAAACUCUCCGUUCUGGAGACAGGUGACGGCGGCGUUUAACGUCAUCCCCAAGUUCGCUCUCUGCUUGCCUUCUUCCGUCUUCGGCAUCGGUCACUUCUAUAUCGGCGGCGUUAACAGCUAUAAUAUCCCCCCGUUCAAUGGUAGCAAUCGCAUGCCGAUGACUAUGACGCCGUUGAAAAAUAUUGACUCGGGAAAAUAUCUAAUCUCCGUUACGUCGAUCUACGUCGACGGAGUACCUUUGCGGUUGAACCCAAGUUUGCUUGAAGGCGGAGCAAAGAUCAGCACGGUGGUUCCUUACACCGUACUACAAACCGAUAUCUACAAGGCUCUUGCUAGUGCAUUUACACUUAAAGCAACGAAAAUAGGAAUGUACGAGGUCCCAGCAAUGCAGGAGUACCUAGGAACUACGAUAUUUGAUACCUGCUUCGACGAAGCCGGUUCCACAUGGAACAAAGAGGAGUUCAUGAACGUGCCGGUGAUAGAGAUUGGGCUGCCAGGGAGAUCAGGGGAGGUGAAGUGGAGGUUUCACGGUGCGAAUACGGUGGUGAGAGUAAUGGAGACGGUUAUUUGUUUGGCGUUUAUCGACGGAGGAGAGAAACCUCAUGAGCCGAUGGUCAUUGGGACACAUCAGCUUCAAGACUAUAUGAUCCAAUUCGAUUCUAGCACCAGUCGUAUGGCUUUUAGUCAGUCACUCCUGCUCCAUAACACUAGCUGCUUGACCAUGUGACCUUCCUGGAGAUCAUAUAAUCAAAUCACACAUGACAUUAAGAGAUCGUCUUUGACAUUUCAGCUUUUACUUGUGUUCCAAUAAAAAAUUGAAUAAAACUAAUUAUCAUCAGUUUUUUGAA